AUGGCAUCAAGCAACAAUCAAAAUCGUGAAAGAAGUCUCGAAAUUGGUGAUUUAGAACUUGAAGUGGACAAGUUAAAUGCUGCUCUUCAGCAGUUUUUAGUUUCGGCACGAGAUGCACUUAAGAACUAUUUGUCACCAGAAAUAUUUCACACAUCAUUACAUGAACUUGCAUUAACUAUUAAACUAUUACAAUUAGGUUAUAAUAAAUUAUUUUUAUCUAGAGCUCUUGAACAAUUACCAAUGAAUCCUAUUCAAGAAAUACAAGCAAUCGAUGAAAAUGAUGAAUUAACACCAUUAGGAAAAUUUUUAGUAUGA